UAUUAAUAUAGAUAAUGUUGAGAGAAUGUUGACUGAGUUUAAAUAUAUUAAAAUAAAUGAAAAGAAUUUAUUUGAUUUAAUAAAUAUAUGUCCUCGUAUUCUCUUGUAUGAUAUAAAUGAAAUAAAAGAAUUAUUACAGCUUUAUAGAACAUUAGAUAUACCAUACGAGUUAUCUCAUAUAAAUAUAAAAUGUUUAUCAGUGAAGAAAAAAGAAUUUCUAGAAAGAUAUAGAGAUUUUGAAAAUAAUGAAGAAUUAGCUAUAUGGUUAAAACAUCCACGAUUAUUACAAUUAAUUUAUUAUUAUAAAUCAGUUAAGAAACGUUUAUAUUAUAUGAAAUAUUUAAAUUGCAUAGACAGUGCAAAUGCUCAAAUAUAUUUAUCAUCAAAGGAAUUCUUUUUCAGAUUCAUAGAAGGAGAUUAUCAUGCAAAAACUAGAAAAAAAAAUAUAUUAUACAUUUUGCAUAAAGAAUUUGGAAAAGAUGUUAAUCUAUUACCUUCAAUUCGAAAACAUCCUUAUUGGAAAUAUGUUCCUUUGUUAAGCAUUAUUAAGUCAAUACAAUAUUUAAAGGAACGUUAUUUAAUAGAAGAUAUAUGUCAAAAUAUUCAUAUUAUAUUGUAUCCAAGAUUGAAGAUUGAUUGCACAUUGAAAUCGUUGUAUAAAAAAUAUUCACAAGAGGAAUACAAUUUUACUUCUAUUCAUUACUUAUCAUUAUGCUUAUAUGAAUUAGAAAAAAAAUAUUAUUUUAGUGGAGAUGGAAUUUGGCCAAAUGAAACAUCAGUUUUCAAAUCAAUUAUUUUUGAAGAUUUAUAUGAAUUUGAUAAUUUUAUUAAAUAUGUAAAUAACAAUAAUAACGAAAUAAACGAUCUAAGUGGAACAGCAUGGUUUGAAUAUUUACUUCGAUAAUAAAUACAU